AUCCGGCGGCUGCUUACGUUCAGUUGCCCGGGAAACCGACGUGAAGGAGGAAGUCGCGAAUACAAUAACUUUAAAUAUGAACCUGUAAUUUAGCUUCGAUCAAAACAACGGGAUAAACCAACCGCUCCGUUACAUCCAGGAAGUAACGGGGACACGUUAGCAUUAGCAUUAGCCGCCGGUAAACGAGGGACAGCGGCUCAAAUCGUGGCAACUGGGUCGAAACAGUGUGACAUCAAAGGCAGCUGGGUCUAAACAGAGUGUGAUCAAAGGCAGACACGCUCUCCGCUCUCUGGAUUCGAGCUUCCCUCACCGCGGUUGACCGUAAACAUGGCCCAACAAGCUGCUGCUCUUCAGACCUACAACAACGAGCUGGUCAAAUGUAUCGAGGACCUGUACCACAGUCGUGACGAGGACGACCGUCAGACCAAAGACGAGGAGGCGGAGAAGGAUCGAGUGCAGCACGACGUCCGCGUCCUCACAGAGAAGCUGAGCCGACUCAACGAGAGCCUGGCGCAAAGAUACGCCAACCGCGCCACCUUGGACCGCACCAUCGCCGAGUCCGAGGCCGCGUACUCCAAGAUCCUGGAGAGUUCCCAGGCUCUGCUCAGCAUCUUGAAGCAGGAGGCAGGAAACCACAGUAAAGCCUCGGAGUCUCGGAGGAAGGAGCAGUGAUGUCACCACAGCACUUUUUAUCUGUUUAUUCUCCACGCUGAAAUAUUUAUGUUUGAAAUGUUAAUUCUUUAUUACAAUAAAUGUCUCUUACUAUCAUGA